AUGGUGCGGAUCCACCCGGUUAACAAUACUUUCACGCUCGGCGCCGCGGACACGGCUCGUGCGCAAGCCCACCUCCGCAUCACAUCUCUCAUGGUGUCCGGCACUGCCUUCACUGUACACAUUUACGCUCCGCCACCGGACGACGCCCUGCGAGGCGUUCUAUACCAUGCGUUCGACGACUUCGCCAUUUGCUGGGCCACACCGCCGCAGUUCACCCAGCGACAGGCGCAUUUCGACCAGCUGUUGCAGCCAUCGGAAGAACCUGCACCGCCACACCUAAACUCUACCGCGACGGAUACACCGACUUCUAGUCACAGCAUAAGGCUUCCUCGCCUGGAACUUUUGAAGUUUAAGGGAACGCCUCGCAACUGGCCUCCAUUUUGGGAACAGUUUCAAACCGUAGUCCACGAGAACCCGGCUUUGACGGAUGUAGACAAGUUUGCCUAUUUGCAAUCAUCGCUGACAGGCCCCGCUGCUGCUGCGAUCGCCGGACGGUCCGCAAGUUCGAGGCGUCAUCAAGAUGCACGGGCCAUCCUCAUUGCUCGAUUCGCUAAGGAAGACAUCAUCGUCAAAGACCACGCCGAGCACCUCGUCGACUCGCAACCCAAUCGUUCAACAGCAGAUGUACGCGGAUUGCAUCGCUUGUAUGACAACAUCGAGGCUAAUAUUCGUGGUCUCCGGGCAUUGAAGAUUACAGAGGAGUCGUUCUCAACCGUUCUACAACCGAUCAUCCUGCGAAGUCUACCACGAGAGCUGGUCCUCGAGUACUACCGGCGUGGCGAACAAAUCAACGAACACCCGUCGUCUAGCGGAAACGACGCAGUAGGUGAGCAGACGUCUUCCGCAUCGCAGAGCAGCCUACGAUCUCUGCUUGACUUCAUCAACAGAGAAGUGGAAGCACGAGAACGCGGGGAGUCCUGA